AUGGAUCAGUUGGCGGGAAUAAUCUGGGAUGCUACUAUUCGUUUGUUCGGUUUUGCAACAACACAUGCUGCCUACAUUUAUAAGCUGACGGAGAAUAUGGAGUCAUUAAUAUCCAAAUCUAAUACUCUUCGAAGUAUCCACGACGAUGUGAAUAGAGAAUUUAUUGAGGCUGAGAGCACUGGAGAGAGGCGUAGGACAGCUACAGUGGAUGAUUGGUUGCAGAAAGUUCAAAACCUUCAAGAGGUUAUUGAGGGUAUUAAAAUUUCUCCUGAAGUUCAAAAAAAAUGUUUAAGUGGUCCAAGCUACAAGUUAGGGAAAAAAGUUGUUGAGAAACUCUCCGAAGUGGAUGAACUGUUAAAGUUGGGAAUACCUUUUAAGAAUGUUAUUACUUACAAGCUAGAGCCUAAGCGGGUGUAUAUUAGGCCUUCUAAGGAGAUAGUAGGCUUGGAUUCAAUGUUCAACCAAGUUUGGAAUAGUAUUGAAGAUGAAAAUAUGGGUAUCAUUGGUUUAUAUGGCAUGGGUGGGGUAGGAAAAACCACCCUUCUAGGGAGAAUUCACAAUGAAUUUGGAAAUAGGCAUUGUGACUUUGUUAUAUUGCGGGUAGUGGUUUCUAGAGAUUGUGACAUCAAUACAAUUGUUAAUGAAAUUGGAAACAUGUUACGUAUCAAAGAUGGUGAUUGGAAUGAAAUUAGCACAGAACAAAGAGCGGGAAAGAUAUAUCAAAAACUAUGUCAAAAGAAAUAUGUCUUGUUGUUAGAUGAUCUAUGGGAAAAAUUGGAACUAGAAAAAGUGGGAGUUCCAUAUCCAAAUGAAAAGUCAAAAGUGUUAUUCACAACACGGUUAGAGGAUGUGUGCUCUAAAAUGCAAGCUCAAAAGAAAUUUAAAGUGGAAUGUUUAUCAGAGCAAGAUGCAUUUGAUUUGUUUUGCAGAAAAGUAGGUGAUGAAACUUUAAGGAGGCACACAAAAAUUGAAGAACUAGCAUGGGAGAUAGUUAAAAAAUGUGGAGGAUUGCCACUAGCACUUACUAUAAUAGGAAAUGCCAUGGCUGGAAAAAAAAGCGUUCAAACAUGGAGUCAAGAAAAAAAAGAUUUUACGAGUUAUAGUUCCAAAGCUUCAGAUUCGAAGAAAAAACUGUUUCAUAUUCUCAAGUCUAGCUAUGAUAGAUUGCCAGAUGAAACACACAAAAACUGUUUUCUAUAUUGUGCACUAUACCCUGAAGAUUAUGAAGUCAAAGUUGAUGGUAUAAUUAAUCAAUGGAUUGGAGAGGGUUUUCUUGGUAAAGAUAAGGCAUGGAAGAGUAUAUAUGAUUUGUAUGAGCAAGGAGAAUCAAUCAUUGAAGAAUUGAAGCUUUCAUGUCUAUUAGAUGGUGUUGAAUAUGAAUUUGAGUGGAGCUCUGUGAUUAAGAUGCAUAGUGUGGUCCGAGAUAUGGCACUCUGGUUAGCCUGUGAUGAAGAUGCAAACAAACACAAAAUUGUAGUUGAUAGGGAAGCAUUGGCGACAUCAGAUAUGGAUUAUGAAAAGUUGAAUGUUGUGGAGAGGAUUUCAAUUAGAGGAGGUAGUGGAAGCUGGCAAGUACCGACUUGUCCAAAUCUCUUGACCCUAUAUGUACAAUCUAAUAUGAACACUGAUUUUUCAAAUCUGCAUUCGAUGACAAGAUUGAAAGUCUUGGAUGUAUCAGAUAAUGCCUAUAUUAAAGAUCUCCCCAUAGGGGUACUUGGAGAGCCGGCUCGCCUCAAAGAUAUAGAUAAGUUCGGUAUACGUAAAAAACAAGAUCUCCCCAAGGAAAUAAGCAAGUUAAUUAACUUGGAAUUCCUUAAUCUAUCAGGAACAAGAAUAGAAGGGUUACCAAUUGAAUUGAAGAAUUUGAAAAGCUUGAGGAUAUUGCUUAUGGAAGAUAUUGAUAUUAAAAUCAUUCCUUUGGAAGUGAUUGAAAGUCUUAAGCAAUUAAAGGUGUUUAGACUUUCUACAAGGAUUGAAGGAGGAAGUGAGGAGGAGAAAGCACUUCUAGAGAAGUUGGAGUCUUUACCAAAAUUGGAGGAAUUAUGCAUCCAACUAAAAACCAUCACUGGCAUGUAUAAAUUGCUUGGGUCAACCAAAUUGAGGGAAUGCUCCAGACGUUUAUGGCUUGAUGGAAUCAAAGACACAAUUGAAAUGACACCAUUAUUAGCAUCUUUGUCAAGUAUGGAACAUCUGGACCGUAUAACAUUAUCCUUUGUAAAUAACAUUGUGGAAGGUUCAUCCAUUACUUGCCAUCUUUCCAAGCUUCGUGGGGUGAAUAUUGAUUGUUGUCAUUCAAUAACUCAUUUAACAUGGCUAAGGUAUGCUCCGUAUGUUGAGUCUCUUUCAGUUUCUAGAUGUCAUUCAAUUGAAGAAGUAGUGAAGGAAGCCAAAGAUGAAGGUGAAAUAUUCUCAAAUCUUAGACGUCUUGAACUUUCUAAUUUGCCAAAACUGAAGAUCACCUGCAUGGGAAAAUUGCCAAACCUUCUGCGAGUGAAUAUUGAUCGUUGUCAUUCAAUAACUGAUUUGACAUGGUUGAGGUAUGCUCCGCUUCUUGAGUCUCUUUCAGUUUCAAACUGUUGCUCAAUUGAAGAAGUGGUGAAGGAGGGUGGCCAGGACAGAGACAAAGCCAAUUAUGUAUUCUCGAAUCUCAUAUGGCUCUCCCUUCAAUAUUUGCAAAAGCUUGAGAGCAUCCACCAGAGUGCAUUGGCUUUUCCUUCACUGAAAUUUGUUGACAUUAAGGGUUGCCCAAAUUUGAGGAAGCAUCCUUUGAAUUCCAACUAUGCCAUCGCCAAGGACAAAUCCAAGGAGAAUACAAGUGGUGGAACAAUUUAG